AUGGACCAACAAACAGCGCUGGAUCGCUUUAAGGACAUACCGGAGCUCAUCAUCCUAGUCGCAUCAUACCUCGACAAAGAGGACAUCAUCUCCCUCCAGCUCACCAGCCGCAAGAUCUACCCCCUCGUUCAUGUUCUCUACUUCCGACAAGUCGGCUUCGACUACGAAAGUUCCCUGAGUGAAUUCAGACAGGCCGCACAACACGCCCAAUUUAUCACGUCACUCAUUUUGGACGAGGAAUCUUUCGACUUUUAUUGUAACGCUUUGAUGGAAGUCUCCAGGGAGCCUACGACAAGAUCUACUUUAGAACAGUCGCGGCUCAAAACCUGCUCAGUCGCGUCAACGUCGACUUCCUCCUCGUCGUCCUCCUCCUCACUGCAGCUGCCCAACCAUGCUCAACUUGAUGCCAUUCUCGGGGAAGAAGCUCUAUACAAGAUUUGCCAAAGUAGUCUCAUGUUUACCGCUCGACUCUUUUACGUGGUCCGCUUCAGUCCAUUCCUCACCUCCCUCACUCUGGACGGGAUCAAGAUCGAUUCCUUCGAACAACUCAACUUUCUUGCACGGAUCCUUUCAGGAAUUGGGAGGCUGGAGGAUUUGGAUCUCUGCUUUUGUUCCGAGCUGCCCUCUGUGACCCUUCUAUCGACCAUCAUUCAUUGCUGUCCACCGCUAGUAAAGUCCUUGACGGUCGCCAUUGAGACCCCGAAUGACUCCUUAUCGGCGUCAGAGGAUUCGGACGACGACGGCGACGACGACGACGACGACAUCCCAGAUCCACCCGCAGAAGUGUCGGGACCCAUUGAGGAUCGGCAGACACCCCUGGCUCGACUUACAAAACUGGAGUUUCUGCGCAACGAGAAACGGGUCGAUGCUGAGCAGUACAUGUCCAUCCUGGAAUUCCUCCCGGCUCUCGAGAUAACGGAUAUACCUGCUGUCGACAGUUCUCUGCGUAAUGUCGCACUAUGCAUGGCCGAAUGCUGUCCCCGGCUGAAGUCACUGAGGCAGGCUGGCUUUUCUUUCGACAAACAAGGGUUCAUGGUGUCCCAACUUUUGGAGGCCAAGGCGGCGAACACGAUCGAGUCAGUUUUGAUCCUUCAUAUCCACGAGCGACCCUCCAGUAGGAACCUCCUCGGUCUUCACCAUCACUUUCUGUCGCUCAAAAGCAUCAUCUUUGACGCAUGCACCCGGGUCAACCAGGUCACCGUCAACGCCAUCCUGUUCGGGUGCCCGGAUCUGGAGGUGUUCAGGAUCACGUCCCACGUCCACUCUGACUUUGAGCAUUCACUCCACGAGAUUGUCAAGAAGCCCUGGGCUUCCAACAAGUUCAAGGAACUACGCCUAGUUCUCACUUUCAACGAGCUCGCCAAGCUCCCUAUGGAUUACUACCCCGAGGAGGACAUGACGCCAGACGGGGUGAAACGAUUGACAAAAUUCUACCGCCAGCUUGCAUCUCUCCGCGAGCUACGGAUACUGGACUUGAAGGUCGACUUUGACAAGGGCGGUAUGUACGACGAGGAUGAGCCGGUGGAGUACUACCAUUACUCCUUCCCAGGCUUUCUGACGCUGGAAGACAGGCGACGAUACCGAAAGGGCUGGCUCGGACUUAUGGAAGGACUCACAAAACUGGAAGAACUCAGGGGAUCGUUCAACAUUGACUCGAUGCUGGAGGGGUUUGAGUUCGAGAUGUCUGAGGCAUACUGGAUUGCAGAUAACUGGCCGAAUCUGAAGGUCAUUGAGCUUUUCUCGAAACGGCGGGUUAAGAAGUGGAAGAAGAACCAGAUGGCUGGGACGAUUCAUUUCAUGCGUCCCAAACUCAAGAUCGCCGUGCCCUGA